UCUGCGCUAUACAUUAGGAAACACUUUGCAUGUUAGAAGGGGACGUGGAAGUUGGUUAUAAAGGGAACUGAUCUCAUUGUUUUUGGGUGGGAACUGAGCUUUCAAGAUGCCUCACUCGAAAGCGCAAAAACAGAAAGUUCGAGUUAGCAUGAGCGAAGACACUUGUUCCGACCACGAGGAUGGGGAAAGAGAACAUUUGAUCGCGUGUUGUCUGCCGAAAGGAUGUCCUUUAAAAAGUUCAGUCGAAUUGCCGACCUCUGUUCGGGUUAUUUGCAACAACGACGCUUGUCAAAAAAGCGGGUAUAUGCAUAGUGAAUGUUUUGACGACUUUGAGGAAGAAAUUCUUGCGUAUUUACGAGGAACAGGUCGAGCGCGUAGCUGGUCGGAAAAGCAGAGACGGCAAAACAUAUGGACGAAGAAAGGCUACGACUUGGCUUACAAGUGCUGCGCUUGCCAAUGCGGAAAAGGGCAUUUGAGAAAGGACCUUGAAUUUGAGCCUCCGAAGACCCAAGAAGUAGGAGAACUCCAAUUACAACACCAAACAAAAGGCAAAAGGAAGAAAAAGAAGAAUAAUGAGAAACCUUCGGUGAACGUCGUUUCGUCGAGUCGUCCUCGUAGAAGCUCUCAGUCGUCGAACUGUAGCCAGUUAUCGGAGUCGCCACCGGAGCGAUCACCGAUUUCGCCGCAGCCGAAAACUCCAACCAAGAAAACAAGAGCGAAUUCGCAUGAAAAUACUUACCACUUUUUCGGCGAGGCGUUUAAUCAUGGCGGCAAUCAUUCGAACACACUUUCUUCGCACGCGAACGUACUGAGUACCUUUUUGAAAAGAGCAGAUUUCAGCUCGUUUCAAGGCGUUCUACCAAGGCACAAAGUCAACCCUUAUCAUAUUAAAAUGGAAGACGAGAUGAACGACGAAGCGCGUCAUUUUGUCCUAUCGAAUUUGUCGUCUCGCAUGACUUGCACUGCGAGCUGCGUGCUCUGUUGUCGGGAGCUACCAGUUUUCGACAGAUAUCCACUUAUCGACGGAACAUUUUUCCUGACACCGAGACAACUCAACUCGAGCUGCGUGGACGUGUCACAAAACGGUAAAGCGCAGUACCUCUCUGCGGUGUGUCUGCAUUGUUUGGAAGGCAUUCCCAAUCGUGUCAAGUGUAGACUUUGUAAUACGGAGUGGGACGGAUCCUCUCAUCAGCUGGGUACCAUGUACUGUUAUGACAUAUUUGCUGCAUCUCCAUGUUGUCAGCAGAGAGUUGCCUGUCAUUCUUGUGGAAAACCUGUGUUAGAUUUAAGCGAGGGCAAGAAAUUUUUCUGGGAGUACUCACAGGCAAUGAAGUGCCCCCAUUGUGGAGUGUCAGGCUUUCAUUGUAUAAAACCGAUUUCGUAUUACGAGCCUCCGGAUGCAAUACGGUAGUAAAAAAUGUGUACAAUUAUUGCGAUUAAGCACCGUUUUUCGAACAAACCGGAAUAUUUGAUGUUGUGAGUGGUCAUGGAUUAGGUGUGGCUAUGGUCUUCAAUAAUAAAAAAGCAGCACCCAUCCUUAAAUUAGAAAAGAAACAAACAAUGUGAGUUUGAUGAUUAAUUCUCAAACUCAAAAAAAUGGCACUUGACACCAGUUUAUUGCAGAAGAUCCAUGGAAUACCAUUCCUGCUUUGUUUCAUUGAUGCUGUAUUCUGAGGAAUGAGGAAAUACUUGUCCAUCAUUACUGCUCAUAAAUGCUUUCUGCAUUUUUAAAAUGUUUUCACAAAGCACAAUGCAGACUUAAGUCAACCAUGCCUUCCAACGAGCAGGCAGAACCUUCUUGUAUCUCCCUUCCCCUGGGUGAAAUGUGUCAAAUGUCAGGAAGCUGGCAGUUUAUUCUUCAAGCUAUCACUUCUGAUUAUGCUUUAAGCUGUCAACUAAUGUAAGCAAAGCUGCUUUCUUAUAAGUGAAUCAGAGGACUUCAAUUAGAGUCUUAGCAAAAAAUUACUGCAAUGUUGAAAAGGGUAGCACAUGGUCAAAUUUAUUAUAAGACAUGCAUUCUUACUGCAAGCCUGGAAUUGGAGGCUUUAUGGUUUCAAGGGUAAAAGUAAGACUCCAAGAAUACUUAAUGAGCAUGAAUGCAUGUGACGAAUGUUAAAAAUUGCAAAAUUUCUAUAGUUGGAAAGACCACCUGCUAGGUGGAAGGUAAGCUCAUGUAACGACUUCCAACUUCAGUUCAGAGAGACAUGAGUACAUGGUUGUAAGUACAGGUGUAUGCUAAAAGCACUGUCCAAUCUGUGUUUGUCUACAGUGAUUUGUUCACAUAAGCACCACCACUUCAAUUAUAUUGUUUCUGGGCUUUUUUUUUUGUUUUUGCUCACCAAUCUCAGUUGCUCUUUUGUGAGAGGGAAGUUCCAAAAGGAUCAGCUGGUAAUUCAUGACUAUCAGAAAUCACCCAAUCUGGCAGACAAAGGAAAAAGAAAAGUGGUGUCAAGUUCCAAAAAUCUUGAACAUUUACUUGAAAAAUCCUCAUGUAAUUUGUAAAGCCAAUCAUUACAUUUAAAUUUCAGAGUGACUUGAUGUAAGAGACUUAAAAUUGAACUUUUUUUAUGUCUAAAAAUAAUUUUUUAAAAGAUUAAGGUAAUAUUAAUGGUUUGGUCCCUAAGUUAGCUUUAGUUUUCCACUUAAAGGCUUUAUGGAUCCCUGCCAAUAACAGUUCAUCAAGAAUAGAUUGACUUAGAUCUGAGAUUUCAUUUUUCCAGUUUCAUUACUGCUCUCUGGUGGGCCUUUUUGAUAAUUAAGUGAAGUAAUGUGAGCUCAAUUAAUGUCUGUUUCUUCAUCUCAAUGGGACUUAAUAAAACAACCAAAUGAAAAUGAUGAGGCCUUUGAACUAGGUGAUGAGAGAUCCAAAUUCCAUAGCUCAGAUAGCUUUUGCUACCUGUAAUAUUUUAUUAAAUAUGUACCAGUACUCUGUCAUUUUUUACUGUUGAAGGAUUUUGGAAGAGCACCACAAGCCACUCACUUUUCAGUCCCAUUGUGCUUAGACAUCCAUUGUCAGUUAAAGAUUGCAAAAUUGAAAUAAUAUGCAAGUGUAUAUGUGUAUUUGUUAUAAAUUAUUGUAAAGAUCAUUCAAAAAUAUUCAUGCAUGAAUUAAAAAACAUACCGCACAUUGACACUGA